AUGAGAGGAGUCACAUGUCCACGUGUCCUCAUGGAUGAGGAUCAUUACUGCACACAUCACAGCCAGGCUGCUCUGGAUAAGAGUCCAUAUGACCAGACAAGAGCAACAGAACUCAUUAACAAGAGCACAAAGCAAUCACACAGCCAGCAGACAGAACUAAUCAAUCUAACAACACAAUUUCAGUGCACAGAAAUCAAACCCCUGACUGGAGUCAUUAGUGUGGAGGUGAACGAGGGCAGCGUUAGUCUACAUGGAUAUGAGACGUCCACAGCAGAGCAGAAGAGCCGAGCGACGUCCACAGCAGAGCAGAAGGGCAGAGGGACGUCCACAGCCGAGCUGAAGGGCAGAGGGACGUCCACAUCUGAGCUGAAGGGCAGAGGGACGUCCACAACCGAGCUGAAGGGCAGAGGGACGUCCACAUCUGAGCUGAAGGGCAGAGGGACGUCCACAUCUGAGCUGAAGGGCAGAGGGACGUCCACAUCUGAGCUGAAGGGCAGAGGGACGUCCACACCAGAGUUGAAGGGCAGAGGGACGUCCACAGCCGAGCUGAAGGGCAGAGGGACGUCCACAUCUGAGCUGAAGGGCAGAGGGACGUCCACACCAGAGUUGAAGGGCAGAGGGACGUCCACAGCCGAGCUGAAGGGCAGAGGGACGUCCACAUCUGAGCUGAAGGGCAGAGGGACGUCCACAUCUGAGCUGAAGGGCAGAGGGACGUCCACAUCUGAGCUGAAGGGCAGAGGGACGUCCACAUCUGAGCUGAAGGGCAGAGGGACGUCCACAUCUGAGCUGAAGGGCAGAGGGACGUCCACAUCUGAGCUGAAGGGCAGAGCUCCUCCGCCACAGUGGUUUUAUGUUUGGCUGUAUAUCCAUAUGUCUUCGUCUAACUAGUGAAAGCACAAAACACACACGAACGUUUGUAUAUAAUACAUGCAAUAAACACAUAAUAAUAAUAAACACACACACAUACUCUCUUACACACAAACACACACACACAC